AUGUGUUAAGACGUGCAUUACUACGUACUAAUGCAGCGCCAAUAACUAUAAACUCUUUCUACUUAGCUAAAAAAAGAAACACUUUAAACUCUUUCUCUCAAACACAAUAGGAUUUCUCUGGCGAGAUUAUAUUCAUUACUACCAUGUCUUCAUCCAAAACUCCGGUAAGCACAUCAUCUAUAGCAGAUAUUCGUAUCAGUACUAGUAAUGAUGAUUAUUAUGACGACGAGAGGUAUGAGAAGGCACUCCAAUACAUUGAAGAAGUCACAACCCAUGCAGAUGAGAUUCAGAAAAGGGUACUUUCACAAAUACUAUCCAUUAAUCAAAAUGUUGAGUACUUACAACGACAUUGUUUAAGCGGGCAUACAGACCUUGAGACGUUCAAGAAGUUGAUUCCUGUUAUUACUUAUGAAGAUCUCAAACCUGACAUUGAUCGUAUUCUCGCUAAUGGAAAUACUGAUUCACCACCCAUCCUCUGCCAACACCCUAUUUCUAAGUUCUUUAGAAGCUCAGGAACUUCAUCCGGAGUGUGGAAAAGCAUACCAACAACAGAAGAUGAUGCCGAGAGGAGAUCCUUUUUUAGAAGCCUUAUAAUGCCAAUCAUACGCCAAAAGGUUCCUGAUUUAGACAAAGGAAAAGUAAUGUAUCUGAUUUUUGUAAAUCCACAAGUUAAUACACCAGGAGGUAUAACACUUAAUGCAGCAAGUACAAGUUUCUUCAAAAGUUCAUAUUUUCUAAAAGAGUUCAAUGAGGAUCCUUAUUAUAACUAUACUAGCCCUAUUGAAACCAUGUUUUGCGAAGAUUCUUACCAAAGUAUGUACUCUCAAUUGCUGUGUGGGCUCUAUUAUAGUAAUGAAGUUCUUCGAUUAGGUGCACCAAACGGUUCUGGUCUGGUUCAAGCCAUCCGGUUCUUGCAAGAAAAUUGGACCAUUCUAUGUAAUGACAUCCGGACAGGAAGUAUUACAAAUGUGAAAAUUACAGACCCUUCAGUGCUAGAGGCAGUUUUGAAGGUACUUAAACCAAACCCCAAACUUGCAGAAUUUAUAGAAACUGAGUGCAAGAGAGAUGAAUCAUGGAAAGGGAUCAUAGCAAGGUUAUGGCCUAAUGCUAAAUACAUAAAGACUACUGUAACAGGAUCAACCAUGUCGCAUUUCAUCCCAACCAUAGAUUCUUACAGCAACGGUCUCCCGAUUGUUAGUAUUCGGUAUACGUCUUCCGAGUGUUACUUAGGUCUUAACCUUAAUCCUCUGUGUAAACCUAACGAAGUAUCCUACACCCUUAUACCUACUAUGGGAUAUUUCGAAUUCAUACCGGUUGAUGAUCAUGAGAAGCAACAACAUCCGGAACUAGUUGAUUUGGCAAAUGUUAAGCUCGGACAGGAAUAUGAGAUUGUUGUCACCACUUAUGCUGGGCUAUACCGAUAUAGAGUUGGAGAUGUGCUAAGAGUUGCAGGGUUCAAAAAUAAUGCUCCACAGUUUAAUUUCAUGCGGAGAAAAGAUGCACUUUUAAGCAUUGAAACUGACAAGACAAAUGAAGUCGAGCUCCAAAAUGCAGUGCAAAAGGCCGCUAAACAUCUCGUUGAGUUCAAUCUAUCUCUUGUUGAUUACACUAGUUAUUCUGAUAGAUCUACUAUUCCAGGACAUUAUGUCCUCUUUUGGGAGCUGCAAUGGCCAAACAACAACGAUAUCGUCAGAGCCACAUCAUCGGUGUUUGAGCAAUGUUGUCUCACAGCAGAAGAAUCCCUCGGUACUGAAUACCGUCAUCUUCGUAAUCAAAGUCAUAAAAGUUCCAUCGGACCUCUUGAGAUAAGAAUAGUCGAGAAGGGAACUUUUAAGAAGUUGAUGGAUUAUGCGACCACUAUAGGAGGUGCAGCAGUUCAUCAGUAUAAGACACCACGAAGUGUGAAACUUGCUCCCAUUCUUGAGCUUCUCAACUCCAGAGUUGUUUCGAACUACAUCAGUCCAAAAUGCCCGUCUUCAGAGUUGCAGAGAAUUAAUCAGCAUGAUCAUCCAUGAUUAAAGGGUGCGGUAUGUACCUAGUUUAGUAUUUACCAUAUGCAAGUGCAAGAUACUGCAAGCACAGUGAGAUGAGACGCUCCAAUUGCAAACAAGAGAGCCUAUAGUUCUUUUAUUAUCAAAGCCGCUUGUUUUUAUAGAUUUCUUUUAUUAAUGUUGUGUUUACUUUUUACGAGUAUGAAAUCUGUUCAACUUGAUUUCAACUGUUUAGCUAAAUAGUUAUACUUGGUUUCACUGAGAGUUUAUGAGUGUCAAACUUGAUUUCAACUAUUUAGCUAAAUAGUUAUACUUGGUUUCACUAAGAAGGCGGACACCCAUGCUGCCUCAAUCAAUGGUUAUGAAGAUGUGCCAGCCAACAGCGAGGCAUCUCUACUAAAAGCCGUCUCAAAGCAACCUGUUUCAGUUGCCAUUGAUGCCAGUGGCCAGGACUUUCAGUUUUACUCAAGCGGGGUAUUCACAGGAACUUGUGGGACCAAAUUAGA